AUGCAGAUCCUUUUGUCACUAUCCUUGCUGGCCUCCGCCGCCGUUGGCGUUCUGGCCACCGAUGACUUGAAGAUUGACGUUACAACCGCCGUCGAGUGUGAGCGCCGCUCGCAAAAGGGCGAUACCGUCAAGGUUCAUUACCGAGGCACCCUCCAGUCCAAUGGCCAGAAAUUUGACGCAAGCUAUGACCGAGGGUCACCGUUCAGUUUCAAGCUGGGCGCUGGUAUGGUGAUUAAAGGAUGGGACGAAGGCCUGGUCGACAUGUGCAUUGGCGAGAAGCGGACCUUAACCAUUGCCCCAAGCUAUGGUUAUGGUGACCGGAGCAUUGGCCCCAUCCCAGCGGGUUCUACUCUAGUAUUUGAGACCGAAUUGAUGGGCAUCGACGGUGUUCCUCAGCCCGAGUCUAUCGUUACGAAGUCUGCCACCGAUACCCCCGCCUCGGAGGAAACUCAGAAUGUGGCCGACAAGGUUGCAAUGCUAACGAUGCCUUCUCCUUGGCAUUGUGAAAUCAAUGAUGAACGGCCACGAGAUGCCUCGAGGCACCCGCAAUUGCGAUGCUGGCUUCCGCCUCUAAACUUUAUCACAAUCCACUAUGCAUAUUUCAUCACCGUCUGCCUCAUCUCCUCGCUCAUCUUCUGGGGUUCGUCCAGCCCAGCCCAGAGCAUUAGUUACACUGAUAGCUUAUUUCUCGUUGUCAGCGCCAUGACCGAAUCCGGGCUCAACACGGUGAACCUGAGCCAGAUGACAACAUGGCAGCAGAUCAUGUUGUUCCUGCUCAUCAUUUUUGGAAGCUCGAUUUGGGUUUCAAUCUGGACUAUUAUGGCACGCAAACAUGUCUUCGAGAAGCGGUUUCGGGACGUGGUUCGCGCCGAACAGAUGCGCAGGGCAACUCGCCCUGUGGCUACAGUCGGGUUAUCGAGACUGCAACGCCUCCUGACAUUCUGGAGACUUCCAACGAUAUCAUUACCACGGUUCCAAGUCGCGUCGUCCCCGAUGCUUGAGUACCCUGAACCGUUAAGUGCCGCCCGGCCUCACCAACCUGGCAUCUCACCCAACAAUAGCAACGGCGAUACCGGCAACCCAUCGAGCGGGGGGGUUACGAGAGAGGGCCCUUUCGCACUUACACAUAUCGGUUUCGCCGACGCUUAUCAACCUCGCGGCGCUGUUGCUACGGCUGCCGAGCAUCAUGGGGAGGAAUGUGUUCCAACGCGUAGGCACCGCGAUGGAGAGGAUGGUAUUGCAACGAACAAGAAACAUGAGCUGGGAGGGCGCGAUCUCUUUGUCCAUGGUUGUGACGGAAGGAACUCGCAGUUCCACGGGCUGACAAACGAGGAACGCGAGCGGCUUGGGGGCUGCGAGUACCAAGCACUUUGGGUACUCUCUAUUGUCGUGCCGCUGUACUUUGUCCUAUGGCAGGUCUGUGGCUGUGUCGCACUCGGAGCUUGGAUUAGCCGCAUGCAACCGGAGGCGCCGCUUCGAAAUGGCAUCAAUCCGUGGUGGCUGGGCAUCUUCAACGGGGCGUCCGCGUUUAACAACUCGGGCAUGUCGCUGCUGGAUGCCAACAUGGUUCCGUUUCAAGAAUCGGGCUUUGUUCUCGUUACCAUGGGUCUAAUGAUUUUGGCGGGGAAUACCGCCUACCCGGUAUUUCUAAGGCUCGUCAUUUGGUCUCUUCGCAAGCUCCUCGUCUCGAUGACCAGGGAGGACGAAGCUACGAGCUUGAAGGACACCCUCGCGUUUAUUCUCCAAUACCCUCGCCGGGUGUACACACACCUCUUCCCCGCUCGUCCAACCUGGUGGCUCGUCUUCAUGCUCAUUCUCCUCAACUCUAUUGAUUGGGCAGGGUUUGAGCUCCUCAAUAUUGGUAAUCCGGGCAUGCAGCACAUCCCGUCCAACUAUCGUGUCCUGGAUGGUUUGUUUCAGGCUUUAGAGCGCUCGCUCGGCAUCUACACUAGGGACGAAGUCCUAGACGUCGGCCCCGAGCUGACCCCCACUCUCUCAACUCAUAGUCGCCAUAAUCGUGGCAACACCGGUUCAAUCACCGCUUUGGGGCGAGCCAUCGUUAGAAAGACCUUGAUCCUUCAUGGAGUGGGCGCCCGGCCAACCCCGUCAACCCUAACGAACCAAGGCCUCGAAUCCCACAUCAGCUUUAUUGGUCAACAAAUACACGGCCAACUCGCACACGACCUCUGGUGGCUGGUCCUUGCCAUUCUCGUCAUUGUCACGAUCAAUACGGAUAAAUUCCUUGCCGACCCCGUCAACUUUAGCGUAUUUAACGUCAUUUUCGAAGUCGUCUCAGCGUACGGUUGCGUGGGCAUCAGCGUCGGCGUCCCACAAGACGCCUACAGCUUCAGUGGCUCCUGGCACACCGCUGCCAAACUUGUCCUCUGUGCUGUCAUGCUCCGCGGCCGCCACCGUGGGUUGCCCGUGGCGUUGGAUCGCGCUGUGCGGUUGCCUGGCGAAGAGAUACAGCAAGAGGAGGAGGUAGACUAUCAGAUCCGGAGGAGCGCGACGGGCCGUAGGGCAAGCAUGGAUCCUUAG